UCGAGGUGGGGGAAGCGGGUUAGGCGGGCGCAGCGGCUUGCAGCGGCUUGAACCCCGGCUCGGAGCAGCAGCGGCACGGCUUCCGCUGUCCGCGAGCUGAGGACCGUCCGCUCCCUCUCGCCGGCUACGAAUCCUAACCGGGGCGGGGGCCAGCGGCCCCUCCCCUCCCCUCUGAGGACCGAAGAUGAGCUUCCUCUUCAGCAGCCGCUCUUCUAAAACAUUCAAACCAAAGAAGAAUAUUCCUGAAGGGUCUCAUCAGUAUGAGCUCUUAAAACACGCAGAAGCAACUUUAGGAAGUGGGAAUCUGAGACAAGCUGUUAUGUUGCCAGAGGGAGAGGACCUCAAUGAAUGGAUUGCUGUUAAUACUGUGGAUUUCUUUAACCAGAUCAACAUGCUGUAUGGAACUAUUACAGAAUUCUGCACUGAAGCAAGCUGCCCAGUCAUGUCGGCAGGCCCAAGAUAUGAAUAUCACUGGGCAGAUGGUACUAAUAUUAAAAAGCCAAUCAAAUGUUCUGCACCAAAAUACAUUGACUAUUUGAUGACUUGGGUUCAGGAUCAGCUUGAUGAUGAAACUCUUUUUCCUUCUAAGAUUGGUGUCCCAUUUCCCAAAAACUUUAUGUCUGUUGCAAAGACCAUUCUAAAGCGUCUGUUCAGGGUUUAUGCCCAUAUUUAUCACCAGCACUUUGAUUCUGUGAUGCAGUUGCAAGAGGAGGCCCACCUCAACACCUCCUUUAAGCACUUUAUUUUCUUUGUUCAGGAGUUUAAUCUGAUUGAUAGGCGUGAGCUGGCACCUCUUCAGGAAUUAAUUGAGAAGCUUGGAUCAAAAGACAGAUAAAUGUUUCUUCUAGAACACACCCUUUUGCUUCAUCUACUGCUAGAGCUAUCUCAUUGCUAUCUUUUAGAGACUAGUGAUACAAACUUUAAGAAAGCAGGAUAAAAAGAUACCCAUUGUCUGAAUAUACUGAUAAAAUUGUCCCAAAGGUAGGUUGGUGUAAUAGCUUCAGAGUGAGACUUUAAGGGCACAGCCUAAUCUGAGGUACUGUGUGACCAACUGUGUUAUUGUCACAAAGUCAUACUUGGUUGUAAUUAUGUGAUGACUAAUCUGUAGUUUAUUAGUUUACUUAUUAUUCUUUUACUCAAGAAAAUGAUUGAGUCUGUUUCAGGUGACAGCAUAAUGGAUAUUAAGAAUCUCCACCAAAAAGUUUCAAGAACAAAUUUUUUUUUUUUUCUAAAAUGACUGGUAAGGGGAUCUUAACCCUUGACUUGCUGUUGUCA